UGGACGCGAGUCGUUCCUCACGAGAUGAGAAACCCUUUUCCGGCGCCGCCGGUGCAGAGGCCGCGGCGCACGAGAUGAGAAAGAUGUCGAGGGCCUCCCUCGGCGAUGACCCGGAGACGGAGCGGGAAGCGAAGAAGCCACACCUGGCAGAGGAAGAGGAGGUAGCUGGUCGAACAUCCCAUUCAGAGAUGAUCUUCGCGGCCUUUGAGCACGACAGAGCCCAAUCCCAAGUAAAACUAGAUCGUGUGUAUGAUGUGAUCGAGUCCGUGACGGAGGAAUCCUCCGAUCCAGCCAGCCCUCCACUCUACGAACCCUACAUACCCGACGAGCUUGCUGAUAGGGCUGCCAAUCCGGGCAUACGCGCUGCCUUCCGGCAUGCCAAAGCCAAAUACAAAGCAGAACAAUCUCGUCAGGCUUCUCUCUUCACAAUGGAUCAUCACCGCUAUAAAGCGCCUUCGUGCUUGUUCUCUGACCCAUGCCUCCUUCCCAUCCGUGAACCCGCAAAGGAUGCAGUGCUUCUUGCUGCCAACUCGGUCAUCAUUCUCUCGUCCUCUCUCGAGAGUCAGCCGCUGAAUAUGUGCUCUGGUUUGUGGAUUCAACGGGAUGACAGUCGCAAAACCGCUGUUGUUUUGACGUCUGCUCAUCUGAUUCGCGCAAAGGAUCCCUCCAAGAUGGACCCGUGGUUGGAGGAGUGGACAGGCAAAUAUCACCGUGAGGCUAAGGUCAUUGUUCACUUGCUAGACAACACUACCGUACUGGGCCGGCUCCUCUACCUGCAGGAGCAUUAUGAAUUUGCUCUUUAUGAGGUUGAAGUUGACAAACCAGUUCAGCUGCCCACUUUCAUUGAUAGUGCGCGUUCUGGCCAAGAUGUUUUCCGACUUGGAAGAGAUGAAAAUCUGGAUCUAACAAUAACCCAUGGUAGGGUAGAAUACAUGGUUCCAGAUUGGUAUGAGAGGUGUCAUUACAUGUAUUUUUCCCGUGAUACAAGUCACAAUAUGUUUCAGGACGAUGGAGGGCUCAUCAUUGAUUUAGAAGGGAGGGUUGUGGGUCUCGUUAACAAUCACAUUAAUGAGACUUUUGUACCUUCUUCAAUAUUGCAUAAGUGCUUUGAUUUCUGGAGGAGGUUCAAGUGUAUACCUCGGCUCCACCUUGGAAUGACUUUUACUUCUAUCAGACUUUUAGACCCAAUUUGUAUUGAGAGGAUGAGACGUAAGCAUAGCAUCGAGUUUGGUCUUAUUGUUGAGAAGGUCUCAAAAGGAUCAUAUGCUGAGAAACUUGGAAUCAGCAAGGGUGAUGUUAUUGAAGGUUUUAAUGGAAAAUAUAUUUCUACUACAAUUGAGUUGGAAAACAUGUUGAUAGACAUAUGCUGGGAUCACUUCGACCAAGGAAAUGAAUUAAAUGAAGAAAAACAUGUCUCGGUAAAAAUAUUUGAUGCUAACAAACUUAGCCGAAAAACUAAAAACUUAACCGUAAUUGUAUCGGAUCAUGGAGAGGACAUUGUAAAAGGCACUUACCCUAUCACGGGAAAAUAAGGUAUGUCGGUCUCUGUUGUUUCUUGUGCUGGUAUCAAGAAGGCACCCCAAUACUGGUGUUGGAAGAUGAGUCAAUGUAAUUAACACCUGCAUGCCAAUUGAAGAUGCAAGUUCGACAUAAUCUUUUUUGGGUCUGUGCACGCGUGCUUUCUCAGGAAAAAAAAUUCAAACACAGUUCAGUUUUUGAAAUACUUUCGCCCUGAGGUCAAAUUUGUCAAUUUUGCCACGGAACGCGAGUCUUUAAUAAAAAGCAGUGGACUGACGCUUA